AUGAAGGCAAGCCAUUGCAGUUUACCACUCCAUCAAAAUUUGGGGAUAUCUUCUUUAGAAAUGAAGCCACUCAGUGUUCUUUGCACUUUCGUUCUCCUUCUCCUUUUCUUGCAGGGUCUUUCAGAGGCUUCCACUAAUGUGAAUGAAGGGACCAACACGGCAGCUCUCGACAAAAAACAUAUCUAUUCUCCAAAAAUCAAUUGCAAAUAUGCAUGCUCAAGACGAUGCAUGAAAGUGAGGAGAAAGAAGAUAUGUAUGCGGGCUUGCGGAAGUUGCUGCAGUCGAUGCCACUGCGUCCCGCCCGGCACUUACGGCAACCACCAAGCUUGCCCUUGCUAUGCUCGCCUCAGGACCCACGGCAAUAAACUCAAGUGCCCCUAAAUUCCCGUUGUUCUCUUCUUCUACCAUAUUUUCAUGUAUGUUUGGAGCUGGUUCUAUUUUAUGCUAUUUUCCGUUGAUAUUCGGACAACAGAAAUAUACAUAUACCACUGGUGCCUUUGCCUUUUGUUGUGUCAGUGAAUUAUGUCUUUUGUUGUGUUCCUUUGAUGAUGUAAUGUGUUUUGUGAUUGAUAAUAUAUGAAGUUAUUUUCUUA